AUGGCGAACAGUUGUUGCGAGGAAUGCUUCCCGCACAAGAGCAACCGUGGACAGCUUGCACUUCAACGUCUAAAAGCCUACGAAGGAUGGUGGCUAGCACCAAACGACAAGACUAAGAAGUAUGGUUCUCCCAACAGCCAUGAGGUUCCUCGUCGCUUAAACCACGCCGAAAAGUUCUGCACAGUUGGACGUCUUGCUCACGGGGUUGAAUGGCUUAAUAGGGAGUGGUUGGGAAGCUCGAAGAAAAGAGAAAAGUCAAGAGUGCCGCAUAUCACGAAGGGCAGA